GAUGCUCGUGUUGCUGGUUGGCGGACUCGUUCUAGCCCUUGGGCUACUUAUCACCUUCUUCUGGAGGUCAACCAAGGAAAGCCAAGGGGGUGUGAGAUACCCCAACAGCUUGCCCUCUUUACCUGUCAUCGGGAGCUUGCUGCACCUCGGCAAUCGCCUUCCUCCGCACAUACUCUUCUGUAGCCUGCAGAAAAAGUAUGGCAGCCUCUACUCCUUCAAGAUGGGCUCCCAUUACAUGGUGAUUGUCAAUAACCACGAACACGCCAAGGAGGUCUUACUGAAGAAGGGGAAAACGUUUGCUGGAAGGCCGCGCACGGUAACAACUGACAUUUUGACGAGGAACGCCAAGGAUAUUGCCUUUGCUGACUACAGUCCACACUGGAAGUUCCAUCGCAAGUUAGUCCAUUCUGCUCUGUGCAUGUUCGGGGAAGGGACUGUUGCCAUCGAGAAAAUAAUUUCUCGUGAAGCUGCCUCCAUGUGCCAAACUCUGAGCAAUUUCCAAAACAGCCCCCUGGACAUGGCGCCUGAAUUAACGCGCGCCGUAACCAACGUGGUAUGCGCUCUGUGUUUCAACACCAGAUACAGCAGAGGAGACCCAGAGUUUCAAGCUAUGCAGAAUUACAGCGAAGGCAUUGUGGACACCGUUGCCAAAGAUAGCCUGGUGGACAUCUUUCCAUGGCUGCAAAUAUUUCCAAACAAAGAUCUGGACAUACUGAAGAAGUCAGUGGCGGCUCGAGAUCAACUUCUCCAGAAGAAAUUUAAAGAACACAAAGAGGCAUUUUGCAGCGAGACAAUCAAAGACUUGAUGGACGCUCUGCUGAAAGCAAAACUCAGUAUGGAAAACAACAACAGUAAUAUUUCCCAGGAUGUCGGGCUGACGGACGAUCACGUUCUUAUGACUGUCGGGGAUAUAUUUGGAGCCGGAGUGGAAACGACCUCAACUGUGCUGAAAUGGGCAGUGGCUUAUCUAUUACAUUAUCCCGAGGUCCAAAAGAAAAUCCAGGAAGAACUGGACGCAAAAGUGGGGUUUGAAAGGUACCCGUUGCUUAGUGACAGAAGAAAUUUACACUACUUGGAGGCCACCAUCUCGGAAGUUCUCCGUAUCCGUCCCGUGUCACCCUUGCUUAUUCCUCAUGUAGCGCUGGAAGACUCCAGCAUUGGAGAAUACACAAUACCAAAAGAUGCUCGCGUCGUUAUCAAUCUCUGGGCGCUCCAUCACGAUGACGAGGAAUGGGAAAACCCGGGAGCUUUUAACCCAGAUCGUUUUUUGGAUGAGAACGGGAAUCGGAUCUAUUCUCCGUCCCCGAGCUACCUGCCGUUCGGAGCCGGGAUCCGAGUCUGCCUCGGGGAAGCCCUGGCCAAGAUGGAAAUCUUCCUUUUCCUCUCUUGGAUUCUGCAGAGGUUCACGCUCGAGGUGGCGGAGGGGGACGCUCUCCCGGAUCUGGAGGGCAAGUUUGGGGUGGUGCUGCAGGUGAAUAAGUUCAAGGUGAUCGCCAGACUGAGGGAGGCCUGGCACGACAUAGAAAUCACCACCUAGCGGCAAUACAGAUUCCGCAAAGAAAAGUUAGACUGCAGGGUGUUUUACGGCUUAAUAUGGAACGUUCUGGAAAAAAA